GAUGGAAAAGCCUUGGUGUUGAGAAAGAACAAAAAAAGAAAAAACCCUAAAAAUUAGGCGUUUGCAGCUAUGGGACUGAGGACAGUCGCAGCAAGAUUAGGGUUACAAUUAGCGAGUGCAAGGAAGGAUCCGAAGCAGAAAUUGAUGAUGAUCAAGAAAAUUAGCAGCAGCAGCCUUUCACAGUUUAUGAGAAGAUCCAGUAGUUUAGCAAGGGCAGCAGAUAAAUGGGAGAAGAAGGGUAUGAAAUCGGAAUCGGAAAUGGAAUUGGAAUUGAAUAAGGAGAAGACUGUAUACUUGUGUUUCUUUGAGUGGAGUCAAUGCGGUGCUGUUGAAUACCUGAAUCAAGUUAUUCGCCCCAUCAAAUUGAGCCAGGUUAAUAGUAAUGAUGAUGCUGAUGAUGAUAUUGCCGGGGAGUUGCGCGAAGCAGCUUAUAAGAGGUCCAAGGUUAAUUUAUGGUAUUCCAAUUGCAGUCGCUUCGGCUCCCAAAUUCUUGUCGCCGGUGGCCGUAGAAGGCCCCCGCCAGACAUUAUGGGUCCUGCUAUUGCCCGUAGAGAUAUUUAUUGGUUUGACACGGCCCAGGGGAAAUUCCAGGUUUCCUCCCCAACGAAAACCAAAAUCAAGAGCUUCUCAACUGGUAAACAAGCCGUGCUGUUGGGGGAGCUGAACCGCAAACUCUAUUGCAUCGAGAACGACCCCUUUAGCACGACUCCUCCCUCUCAGCCUUUUCAGGUAUUGGACCCCGAAAACGACCUCAAGUGGCGGUCUCUGGAAGCGCCUCCCUUUAUCCGCGGCCAAGAGUCGGAGGACUUCACUGCGUCUUUUUUUGGAGGGGAGCAACAAAAUCUUAGGUUGGGUGUGGCAGCAGCCUGGAGUGUUUUGCUUUGAUGACACCAAGCCUGAAAAUGGAUGGAUAGAGUCACCUUCUUGUCUAGGAAACAGCCUUCCCUUUCUUGACCAUGGGCAUUUCUUCGUCCGCCACCAUCAUCCCAAUCUUGGUGCUUUCAACAUAAUGUUUCACUAUCAUUCCAGACAAUGCACCUCUCCUUGUAUCCACCUUUUUUCAUGCCAAACAACUGUGAUUCUUUCCAUCCUAUCAACAAACCUCUUCAGCUGCCAGAAUUGUGUUAUGAAUUUCGAGAGGAUGAGUAUGAUGACACCUUCUCUAUCGAUUUUCAAUUUGUCCAUCUCGGAGCUAAAAAAGUAUGCCUUGUUUUGCACAAAUUCUUCUUCCCAUCAACAGGGAAGGUUCAAUGUGGAAACAUGGGGAGUCUUCUUCUCAUAACAUUUGAAUAUGACGUUAUUAGUAAUACUAUUGUCGACUCCAAAUCCACCUUGGAGAUCCAGACCUGAUUUCGCGGGACCCACCGCCGUCGAUACUUUAUCAGGCAGCUGCGUAAACCAGAUUAUACAUGGACCAACACAUCAUGCCUAACUGGUGCAUUUCUGAUCUAACCAUCUGAAACCUCCAUGUAAUUUGCAAGGAAAAUGUUAGAAUUUUGCUAGAAGCAGUCCUGAAGAUGGAUGAAUUCAUGUUUACUAGGCCCAUUUUGUGAAAGUUGAUGGACUAUUCAUUCUGUACUCAUCUGAUUAUGAUCGG